AUGCAGAUGAAAACACAGUUUUUAAUUUUCAUCUGUUACAUUAUCUUUUUUUGUUUCUCUUACAGUUUUUCUGCUACUUGGAAUAAUGAAGUAUUGGCUUUGCUUUCGAUAAAAUCUGGUCUUCUUGAUCCUUUAAACACUCUUCAGGAUUGGAAGUUGGAUUCACCUCAUUGUAACUGGACCAGAAUCAAAUGCAACUCGGCUGGAACCGUGGAGAAUCUCGAUCUCUCUCACAAGAAUCUCAAUGGCAUGGUAUCCAACGAUAUACAAAGGCUUCAAUAUCUUACUUCUCUUAUCUAUCCCAUGACAUCUAACAAUGCUAACUUAAUCCAUCCGUGCUUGUCCAUUGAUAAGGUGCAAAUCAACCUUUGUUGA